CGCAGCGCUCGGGGCGGCGCUACGGCGCAUGGGUGCGCCGUCGCCAUGGUAACCGCGGAAGCCAGGGGCUUGACGAGCGGUAAUUUUGGAGUUAAUGGAGCCAGACGGACCUCCAGAGUCAGAGAGUUCAGAAAGAUCAAUAUUUUCCUCACAGCAAGAAGAAGAAGAUGAUGAAGAAGAAGAAGGUGAUGAUGAAGGAGAAACGAAAGAACCAGAAGAAACAGGCACCCUUAAUCCUGUCUUACAACCUGCCCUCACAGGGGAUGUAGAAGGUUUGCAGAAGAUUUUUGAGGAUCCUGAGAACCCUCAUCAUGAACAGGCCAUGCAGCUACUCUUGGAAGAAGACAUCAUUGGGAGAAAUUUGUUGUAUGCAGCUUGCAUGGCUGGGCAAAGUGAUGUGAUUAGAGCUUUGGCAAAAUAUGGUGUGAAUCUGAACGAAAAAACCACCAGAGGUUACACACUCUUACACUGUGCUGCAGCCUGGGGUCGUUUGGAAACUUUGAAAGCACUUGUGGAAUUGGAUGUUGAUAUAGAAGCUCUGAACUUUCGGGAAGAAAGAGCUCGAGAUGUUGCUGCUCGGUAUUCCCAGACUGAGUGUGUUGAAUUCCUGGACUGGGCAGAUGCAAGGCUGACUCUGAAAAAAUAUAUUGCAAAGGCCUCUGCAGCUGUUACAGACACAGAAAAGGGACCAGGGAAGCUCUUUAAGGAAGACAAGAAUACCAUCCUCAGUGCAUGCCGUACAAAAAAUGAAUGGUUGGAAACCCAUUUGGAAGCUUCUGUCAGCGAGCUUUUGGAGCAGAAACAACAAUUGGAAGAUAUUGUGACUCCUAUCUUCACAAAAAUGGCAACACCGCGUCAAGUGAAAAGUGCCAAAUCUGUAGUCUAAGCCAUGGUCAGAAAAGAAGUCAAGAUCUUACCUUCUACUGAGUAUAUAUUUUGUAAAAGACCACACUUUCUUCUAAUAUUUAUAAAAGCAAACUUACUCAUGCCAACUGAAGUUAAGAAAAUACAUGUAGGGCUUUAUAAGAAUGUUUAGGUAUGAAUCACCCUUUUUUUGUUUUACCCUAUUCAGCACGUGUAAUUCCAGACGCUCUUUCCUUGCCUCUGCUUCAAGUGUGGCUCCGUGUGAGUUCCACAUGCUGCUCCCAGACAGCGUGGGUGUGAAUCACUCACAAAGUCUCUCUGGAAGCUCUAAAAGCUAUAUAGAGAAUCUAACAGUUUUCUAACAGAGGCAGGAAAUUUCCAUUUAACUGAAGAAUUCUAUUAGAAAAGACAUAUUAGCUAUUUCCAGAGGAAAAGUUUGUUCUCCCUCUUUCAAAAGAAAAGCUAUGGGAAGACAUUCUGGAGCAAGGAUAUAUUAAGAAUGGUUUGGCUCGGGGUUUUCGUCUUCUUCUUCCUUCUUCCUUCUUUUUUAAUUAUAUGGUUUAUUUAUUUAUUUUGAGAGAGAUCACUCAAGCAAGGGAGUGGAGUGACAUAAAUGGAGAGAGAGAGAACCCCAAUCCCAAGCAGGCUCUGUGCCCAACAUGAGAAUCAAUCCCACCAACCAUGAUACCAUGACCUGAGCUGAAAUCAAGAGUCGGACAGUUAAUUGAUGGAGCCACCCAGGCUCCCCUCAGGGUCCUCUUCUUAAACAACUAUUACUUUUUUUGUUUUGUUUUUAAUGUUUAUUUUUGAGAGAGACAGAGAGAUAGAGAGAGAGCAAGAGCCAGCGGGGAAGGGGCAAAGAGAGAGGGAGACACAGAAUCUGAAGCAGGCUCCAGGCUGAGUUGUCAGCACAGAGCCUGACGCGGGGCUUGGACUCACAAACUGGGAGAUUAUGACCUGAGCCGAAGUCGGAUGCUUAACUGACUAAGCCACCCAGGCGAUCCUACAACUAUUACUUUUUAUAUCCAAAUUAAAAUUUACCUGUGAGGUGGGAUUUAGUCUUUUAGUAAAAUCUGCUCAUUUCUUUAGCUUCCUCCUCCUCCUCCUCCUCCUCCUCUCUCUCUCUCUCUCUCUCCACACACACAUGUAUAUUUAGAUUUCCCUUAUUCUGUAGGUUUGACAAUAUAGAUAUUUUAACUGGACUCCAUGCUAUCUUUCUUUCUGUUCUGUUUUAUAUUUUUUAUGAUUAAAAUUUUUUUUUACAUUUAUUUAUUUUUGAUGAAGAGAGACAGAGCACAAGUCGGGGAGGGGCAGAGAGAGAAAGAGACACAGAAUUGGAAGCAGGCUCCAGGCUUCGAGCUCCAAGCUCUGAACUGUCAGCACAGAGCCUGACGUGGGGCUCGAACUCACCAACUGUGAGAUCACGACCUGAGCCGAAGUUGGAUGCUUAGCCGACUGAGCCACCCAGGCACCCCCUAUUUUUUAUGUUUUAAAUAUCAGUGUUGGUUUGGUUUCAUAUUAGUGGUUUGGAAUGUCUUUUUUUCCCCUAGUUUAUCUAAAAGCCCCCAAACCUUCUACUACUCUGAUUUUCCUGAAAAUUUUUAUAGAAACAACAUGUUAAAAAAAAACAACCACAUUUAUGUGUUGUUCUUAAGACCUUUUCUUUUUUGUCCUACACUAAAAGCUAGUUUUUCAUUAUAGAGGGGAUGGAAAAGAAAAAAGCAAUUCAGUAAUUGCUCAUCAGCUGACACUUUCUCAACUACGGUUUUGAGAUAACACUUUAAAUUUGUGUCACAGAUUUUUAAGUUUUGAGAUCUUUUUUAUGCAUGAGCAAUUCCAUUUCAGCAAUUCCAUUCCAUUUUUGCCUUAAGCAAAAGAAUAGGGCAAUAACUCUCACUCCCUCUGGUAGAUCCAAUGGGUGUUUGUGGAGUUCUACAAGGAAGGAGGUCUAUCUGUGUUGGCUCUGCUCUCUUACUAUUGUACAUUGUGAGAAGUCUGUUACCUUUAAGGACUGCAGUAAUUUGGGACAAGGCUAGUUGCCAUUUUUAUUGUUUCUGCCGUAUUUUCUGAGACUUGAUCUUGAGUAUGUCGUUACCUUCCAGGCAAUGUGGUCCUGAUGAUUAGGGGGAUGAUUCCUGAAUCUUACUUCAAAGAUUCGUAGAUAAAACUGAGACAGUUCUGGAGAUCCUUAAUAUAAAAUAAACCUCUCUCUCCUUUAUUCACCUUUUAGUUCUUCUCUUCCAACUUCUUGAAGCUUUUGAUGUAUGUAGUAACGCUGUCUUUCUAAAACUCCUUGACUGGCACCCUUAUGUCAUUGUGGUUCCUUUACUGCUUUUCUAACUCCUUUACCAGCUGCUGUGGUCUGAAUGUGUUGUAUGUCAUGCCCCCACCCCUCCCCCCUGCAAAUUCACAUGUUAAAAUCUAAUGCUCAAAGUGAUAAUAUUAGGAGGUGGAGCCUUUCGGAGGUGAAUAGGUUGUGAGGGCAGAACCCUCUUGAAUGGGAUUAGGUUCUUAUAAAAGAGACCUCCAGACAGUUCCCUUGCCCUUAGCACCCAUGUGAGGUUACAGCAAAAUGAGCCGUAUAGGAGGUAGGCUCUCACCAGACACUGAAUCUUCUGGCACCAUAAUCUUGGACUUCCCAGCCUCCAGAACUGUAAGAAAUAAAUGUUUGUUGUUUAUAAAGUAGCCAGCUAUGGUCUUUUGUUGUAACAGCCUGAACUAAGAUGCCAAUUCCUAUUCUUCAUCUUGCCUCCAGCAAUGGAAACUUCUCAAAAGUCAGUCUGUCUUACAGACAUUUCUAUGUCAGUUAUGCCUCAAUAAAGAUGAAAAAAAAAAAAAAAAAGCCUAUUCUGACCUUUGGCAAAGCAGUCUAUAAUUCUUCACCCCGUGACCUUUUUUAUCCCCAGUGUUAGGAAGAACGAAUCCCUCCUUCUCUGGAGUAUCUGUAGUGCUAAUAGCCACAUAUAUAUUCUAUUUAAUUGUUCACAUAUUUGUCUUCCCUUGCGGAUUAUGAGCUUUUUGAGGGUAGGGGAUUUGUCAUGUUUUUCUUCAUACCUCAAGAGCCCAUAAGGUAGUAAGUUAGUAAAUAACAGUUGAAUGAAUUCUCUUUUGGUGCUACCUUAUUCAUAGAGUUCUUUCUAAAAAUGACUCCUGAACCCUUCACUCCAUUACCUUCUUUGUGCUGGUGCCCUGUUGCGACUCCCGCUUCUCUGGCCCCACACACGUACAACGUCAUGACUGUGUAUCUAGUUUCUCCUCUGUUUUCUGACCUUCAUCUUGAAUGCUGUACUAGUUUUUAGGCAUGUGAACCUGGUGAUUACCAAAGGAUUCCUGGAUCCUAUGUCAAAGAUUCCGCUGAUGUGAGGAUCUGAGUUUAGAGAGAUAUAGUACUUCUUGUGAUCUGUUGUUGCAUUGAAUUAUACAUUUAUUCAUAGGAGAGUUCAAAUGUCCAUAUGCUUUGAGUUUGAGCUGCUACACAGGUAGGUGCAGGACUUCUUCUGAAUACCUGUAGAGUAAUUACAAUUUCAAUGUGCAGACUAGUAAAUUAAAUUAUUUAGAAAGGGGUCAAGUAAAGGCUAAAUUCAGUGCUAUGAUAAACGCUAGACAGUGGUUCCUGAGACUUCUGUAGUUUGAUUGGAAAAAUGUGAAAAAAUGGAGGAGAUUGAUAUGACAUCAUUAAGAAAACAAGUACUAUCUGCUAUCACUGUUAUUUAAUAAAAGAGAAGAUUUUAACAUCAGAAAAGAAGGGAAGGUGUGAUUUCAUUGUUAGGUUCUGUCCUUUAAAUUGAAUAAAUUAAGCUUUAUUAUGAACUGUUAUAUAUGCCACGUAUGAUGGAACUUUUGUCAUGAAUCACCACUGGUCUAUGGUCCAGCCUUUGAGAACUGCUCUAGACUGAGUUGAAGCAGGCAGAAUGCUAUUAAGGUGAACAUGAUGCCCCAAAUUAUAAAGGGCUGACAAUACACUCCGAUUUUUUUUAAUCUAAAAUGUGAUACAUUGUAUUUUCCAAGUUGGCCCCAUCUCCUGUCCUACAUGCUCUUCUUACAAUGUAAUCAUGACAUUCCUCACAUAGAGAGGUGGGUCUCUACUCUCUCCUCUUGAAUCUGGGCAGGCCUGUGCUUAUCGUGGAAGUAAUACUAUGUGAUUU